AUGUCAGGAACAAAUCUCACCAAACGCAAACGCACCGAUAGCGGCGACGGCGACGCUUCGAAGGACGAUAAUCCGACAGUGACACGCUCGGCUGAAUACUGGCUCGAGGAUGGGAACAUCAUCCUCCAAGCCGAGAACACGCAAUAUCGCGUUCACCGUUCGAUACUUUCGCGCCAAUCAACCGUCUUCGCAGAUAUGUUCUCUCUGCCACAGCCGCCCGAAUUUGGACCAGGCGAAUCCCUUGUUGAUGGCUGUCCAGUGGUCCAUCUGCAAGACUCGGCAGAGGAUGUUGGCAAUUUGCUCGACUUGCUGUACGAGUCAAUCAGUCUACAGACGAUUGAGGGCCACAUCUCCAUAUCAGUCAUCAGAACGAUGCUGCGCCUGGGGCGAAAAUACGACUUCAAGAAGCUCUGGGAUCGGGGUGUCUCGCUCCUUGAGCAUGACUACCCUUACACCCUACAAAAAUGGGAUGAGAAGCCGAAACCGCUCAUUUCAGACGAACCAGGAGUUAUAUUCGAUGUCAUCGCCAUCGCACACGAGAACGACAUCAAAUCUAUCCUACCUCCGGCCUACUUAACCAUGUUCCUUCGAAAUUCUUUGCCAGACAUCCGCGAUGGCCGAGAGCGGCUUCAGAGACUAGUGAAAGCCAUCAUUCUGGAUUGGCUCCGGGAUGACGAACUCCCGCGAGCUGACUGUGACUCGUUUGACAAAUGCUCUGCCGCGCUCAUGGGGAAGAUCAAGUACCUGUACGGACAGGAUGCGUGCAAGCUUCUGGAGUACUUUGCGUAUAGGUGGGAUAAGGCUGAACUGGGCGCAGGAAUGUGCGAGGAAUGUGAGAUAUAUGGUAAUGCAGAGUACGAGGAGGGAAGGAGAAUUCUAUGGUACAAUUGUCCUCAAUACUUUGAGUUGGAUUCGUAA